AUGGGGUCGAGUGCAAAAAAGAAGAAUGAGAAGAGGAAAGACUUCAAGAAACCCAAGCUGAAGGUUGGUAAAGCUCGCCCCAAGCCAGACAAUUUCACGGACACAAGCUUCAAGGCAAAGGCCAUCGUCCUCGCCCACCAGUCCCUCACUACCAAUGCCCCCACUCAAUCCACGCAAUUCACCCACCACCUGUCCCUUCUCUCCUCCCGCUCAUCGUCUCAACGACGCGACUCUCUUGCCUACCUCACUGCGGCUCUUACCUCCCGGCCCGUCAAUAUAACCCUCCCACAGCCUGUCGGCGUCCUCCUAUCGAAACUCAACCCUCUGAUACUGGACGGCAGCAAUAGCGUUCGCAUACAACUCCUCAAACUUCUUCGCACUCUUCCAUCUCGAGAGAUUGAACCUCAUACAGGACAAACUCUGCUCUAUAUCCGCGCCGGACUCACCCAUCUUGCCGCAGAUAUUCGUUCCUCAGCCACCGAUUUGUUACUCUGGGCCAUCGAAGCCUGCCCCAACGAGCUUGUCUCCUGCGCCGGUGGCUGGGUAAAGACGUUGAAAUGCCUGCUGACUGUACUGCACUGGCACGCUCCUUCCCUCACACCUGGUACAGGGCCGGUCGUGGGGGCCAAUGCAUGGUCAUCAUCUCGGGCUCCUACUCUAGGAAGAGAAGGGUCAGAGGGUAAGUUGACGGUCAAGACAUUGAAUGUACUGGCUACAUUUCUACGCGCCGGGCUAAUGGAGGAACACAACGCCGACGAAGAUGCUAUGUAUGCCGAGAAAUGGCCCUUCCCAUUAAGGUAUGUAGAGGCUCAUAUGCUACCGAAACGUUCGAACGCCUUUGCCCAUCUCAACCUUUUUGGACCGCCAAGGGAUGAAGAAAGUGAAAUGUAUGUUGAGCGAGAGGAACGGCACAGGAUAUUCCACAACAAGGUUUUAUGCAAUUGUUUCCAGUGA